UGCUGCCACUGCACGCGCGCGCGCACGCACGCACGCCGUCUAGGUUUAACCAUGCGCGCGCUUGGCUGACUCAAUCCUCAGCUGAUCCUCACGCGAGUCGCUCAAGCUGCUCUGAGUCCGGCUCAUGGCAACAUGGCGACAGAGCUCCAGAACCUUCAGGAUCUAAGGCAUAAUGCCUCACUAGCAACCAAGGUGUUUAUUCAGAGGGACUACAGCGAUGGCACCGUCUGCAGGUUCCACACCAAACUUCCAGCAGAACUCAACAGCCGGAUCGAGCGGACUCUGUUUGAGGACACUGUGAAGACGCUUAAUAACUACUAUGCAGAAGCCGAGAAGAUCAGUGGUCAAUCUUACCUGGAGGGCUGCUUGGCCUGUGUGUCAGCUUAUAUCAUAUUCCUCUGCAUGGAGACACGAUACGAAAAGGUCUUAAAAAAGAUCUCCAUGUACAUUCAGGAGCAGAAUGAGAACAUCUAUGCACCUCGAGGACUUCUUAUCACUGACCCUAUUGAGAGGGGCAUGAGAGUGUUCAGAUAGAGAUCUCUGUCUUUGAGGAUCGUAGCUCCACUGGCUCCAGUUCCAGUGGCAGCUCGGCAUCUGGCAGCAGUGCUCGGUGACUGGAGGAGCAGCACCAGGGGUACGGGUACAGAGUGGCCAAAGGGAUCACCAAGAUUCGCAUGUUGAAACAUGAGAGCACCAGAUUCUGAAUCAAAAGGAUGUCAAAGACACUUAUUCCUUCCCCUCUUUCUUUGCUAUCACAUAAUUCACAUAGUAUGCACACAGUCGCUUUUUCACUCCCAUCCUUUCGUCAUCUUCUGUGUUUCCAUUAGCAACACACAUGAUCUCCAAGCUCCAUAUACCAUGCCUCACAGACACAGAAAUAGAGAUCAGGAGUUUAUUUAUACAGUAUAUAUUACAGGCAAAAUAUUUAUUUAAGUGUACCUGUUACAAUUUCUGUCUAUUCCUGUCAGUUGAACAUUGUUAUGUAUUUGGCAGAUGAGUUGAGUGCUGGAUGAUGGCCAAGCCCUCCUCGUUCUCCUGUCUGGUCUUUUUUAAGAAGCAUUGCAACAGUUCACUACCACUGCUGAUCUUGUGCAGUGCUUGAGGCUUCUGUUCACUUGGCCAACUCUGCCAUUCACCUGUGGCUCAGUGGUUUGCUGUUCUGUUAUGUGGGCAGUGAGCCCAGGCAGAUCAAGUUCUCCCUGCGUCUCAGCUCAUUGGGUAUGCAAGCGAGCUUCAGUCCAUCGAGGACCUUUUGUCUCCAUGAGAUGAAAGCUACUAGUAAUUUUGGCUUGUCCGCUGAGCUGUGGUUGAUGAAUGGGUAUAUGUGUGUGUAUAUGGACAUCAGAUAAGCUACAUUUAGCUGAUAAAAUUCAGAGGAAGUUGAAUCAGCAGCUGCUUAAUAUGAACUCCCCAACAAAACAGCUGCCUCAUGUGGAUGUUUCCAUCUUGGUCAGUUUUGCAUUAAUGGUAGCUCCAGGCUGAAAUUUGCACAGCAUCUUAUAUAUGUCUUUAUACAUACUUGGCAGCUUGAUAAUGAAAGCCGUCAUAAACUCAUUGUGAUUUGCAUACAUUUACGUCCUGCAUAAAAUAUACAGUGGAAUAUAUGAAUGGAUUAAGAUAUAAAUGUGUUUGUUAUUUAGCAGAAUUGGACUCUGUGAACACCACAAACAUUUAUAGAAAGUUGAAGCCAGACAUGGUGUAAUUAUUGAUAUAAACCACAGUUGUUUAGAUUAUAUUCAGAAAAGAAAUUGGUAAGGCAAAUUGCAUUAGAAAUUUUCUUCAUCGUUUCUGCUCUUUGUUUAUAUUCUCAAUUCUGGUGUAUAGAUAUAUGGAAUGUAUUAAUUAAAAAGCAAAGGGAUCUACCGAGAAGCUGAUUUCCUAAACAAAUGGCAUAAAACCAGAUUUUCUCUCCCUCAUUUAUUCAUUAAUUCAUUAAAUCAUUUAUCUUCAGUAAACACUUUAUCUUAAUCUGGGUUGCAAUGGAUUAAAAGUCCUAUUCUGGGGACACAUUUGACAGAAGGUGGGUCCAGGAAGAUUCAGCACCAUAACUAUUACAAGUAUGACAAAGCUGAGGACAUGGACACACUGUUAAAAGGAUAGCAGUAUCACACACUUGAUUUUAUUUGUGAUGUUUGGAUUUAUUAUAAAAAAUAACAUAAUGCAAAAAAAAAAAAAAUAGAAAGGCUACAGUAGGUAUGAGCAUCUGUAGUUUACUGAUGAGCACUAGUUUGUUUUAUACGAUUAUUAUUAACAAUAUAUGUGAACAAUAUCAUGCAGAUAAAGGAGAUGAAGGUUUUAGGCAGACAUUAAGGAGCACAAUAUAAUUACAUUUGUAAGGCUGUCUUGUAGUCACUGUUGUACUAGUUGUGUCAGAAGAUGUUUUUAAGAAGAAUAGCUGAAUGUCAAGACAUCUGUCUGUAACCUGGGUCAUGCAAAAUGGCAACAAAUUUUAUUAUAGGAAUAAAUCAACAGUCAAACGGCUGAAAUUCAAUCACAGUGAAGUACUGUGCGAUUUCUGAAAAAUGUGAACAUGUAAAUAAUUUGUUUAAUUAAUGUAUUUGUGACAUGACAGGCAGCAUUGAUACGUUAGAGCUCCACGAUCACUAGUUCAAUCCUGAGCUUAGAUUACUUAUUGUGUGCAGUUUCUGUAAACACUCUCUCAUUUUUAUUCAUGUUUCCUUCAGGUUCUCCAGUUUAUUUCUUUGUCCCGCAAGCAUCCCAGUAGAAGGAUUAGGUUUUAAUAAAAGUGUGUGAUGCCCGGUGUUUGACUUCCUGGGAGUAUCCCAACUUUGAACUCAGUGCUCUCAAAAAAGGCUAUAGAUCCAACAGCACCCUGAUGAAGUGCUUACUGAAGGUGAGUUCAAAAUGAAUGAACAAUGAUUCUCCUUUCUUUUGUUGGGAAGAGCAAAUUCUUUGUAUUUGCAACAAAUGUAGCAUUACAAUAUCUGCCAGGGCCAAUUCAUAGAGUUGUAAACUUUACAACAGUGCUUUCGGUUAGCUGCAUAUAAUGCCAGUUAUGUAUGAAAAAUCAUGAUGUCAUCAUGUUUACCUCAGGACAUAAAGUACAGGGUUACUUCUGAUGCUGUAUCACUUGCAGUAUAUCACAUAUCUGUCGUUCAUUUCUAUAUCGCUUUUUUUCUCACCUGUAUACCCUAAAGCCCACUCUACAUUCCUUGCCUAUUGUUUCUUGCCUCUUUUUAAAAACCACAACUUCAGUGCUCAUCUCAGAGCUUGCCAUUCGACGACUAAUGCUCUAUUGUACACCCUUCUGUGCCUGCUGCUUUCAUGUUUCAUCACUAUGGAGAUACCCAACCUGGUGCUGAGCAACUGGUAGCCAGCGAGCUGGCUGUAAAUACAUCACUUGCACUAUAGCUGCAUGAGAUACCUUCUGUUGGACUAGUCAUUUUAGUAGUCAUUUCAGUGAUCAAGUGAGAACGGUGUUAAGAAAACGUCUUCCUUGUGCUUAAUCUAGAGAAUUGAAUUAUGUGUAUACAUGUGUAGCACGUGUGGUUGUGUUUGUAUAUCCAGUGCCCUCCUAAAUUAUUGGCAUCCAUCACAAAAUUAUCUUAUAAUAGUAUAAAAAGUAUAAAAUUAACCUGACACACAUUAAUGAUAAACACUACUUACUUCUGUUUUUACCACAAAAAUCUAAUAAGGCUAUUUUAUAUUAACAGUAUAUUCUCUUAAAAAGAAAUGUGCCAGAAUUAUCUACAACCUAAGCAAUACAUUAAAACUGUCUUUCUGUUAUUUUUCAUUCACAGUCUCCAGGAACUCUUGUUACCUUUAACCAUGUCCUGUUUCCCUGGGAUAUAAAUCUGCGGUUGCACAUAUGUAAAACCGCUUUGUCUUCCAUUACCUUGGAAAAACACAAAAGAAUUUCAGCAUACACAAGAUAGAUGGUUAUUGACCUGCACAAAUAAGGUAAUGGAUAUAAAAAUAUCUUACAUUUAAAAAUACAUUAAGCACAUUUUGUGGCAUAACAAAAAGGAAAUUUGGCAGGAACUGAACCCAUGAGCACUCUGCCUUCCCACACAGUAAGGAGGGAGAAAAGAAUAAAGAACACUGUUUUAAAACUCCUAAUAUUUUUUUUAUGAUUCUUGUAGUUAUCAAAUUGCACAGUUAACUUUCAUGAAUAACAAGGCAUUUAGAGAUGUUGCAAGAAACAAAUAAAAACCUUCUUGAUUUUCUUAUAAAAUACAGCUGAACUGAACUGAGUCUUUCGGGCCAGACCAUCAGCACGUUUGGCAAAAAGUGGACUGCAUACCAGAAAAGGCACCUGAUAUCCCACUGUAAAAUAUAGUGGCGGGUCAUUGAUGCUUUGGGGCUGCUCAGGUAGUUCAUGGAGACUGGUAAAGAUUAAUGGUAUCAUUAAUUAUGUUAAGUACUUAAAUAUAUUUAACCCUUAACACGAGAAACUCUUGGCCAUAGAUAUGGCAACAGGAUGAUGAGCAAAUCAAACUUCUAAAUAAAUUGUGAUAGGUUUGAAAAAACAAAUAAGUGUUUUGCAAUGUACAUCUCACUUCUCAGAGGUACUGAAAACCUGUGAAGAGAGAAAUCCAUGUUUGCAAAACUAAUUAUAGAAAUUACGUUCUUGGAGAAAAUGUGGACAAAAAAAAUCUCUCUACAAGUGUUCUCUUAUUAGACAUCAGUGGAAGAGACUUAGUUAUUAUUUCAAAAGGAAUACAAAUUGUAUAAAAUAUUUAUUUGUAAAAUAGCUCAUUUUGCGAAGUGUUUAGUGGUAAAAAUGUAAACAAUGUCACUGAGGUCACAAUAUCACUCGUUGAAUAAAUUUUUACGUAGAAAUAUUGUGGAUGUCAAUAAGAUACAGCGGAGGGCAUUGUAUUUUUGCAUGUUUAUUGAAAAAGGAUUUAAUUGCAAAAAUUGACUUGCUAUUUUUUAUAUAUAAUCAGAAAGAUCCCAUUUCUGGAGUAGCAAUAGAUUGUUCUUUGCUGUUUUUUCUAUUGUAAAAAAUACAUUUUAAAGUCUUAUGAAAAUAUGAUGUCUUAUAAACAUUUUCAUUCCUGAAACACAAAGUAAAUGUUUACAAUGUUACUGACAUUUGUCUUUUAUUGAGAAAUAAAUAAAAAUAAUUAUUGAAUUAUCAUAAUGCAGUUGGCCUUUGAAUA